GCGGACGUGCAGCUGGACAAAUGUCUGAACAUCUGGAUGGAUGCUGUGGACUUCUCCUGCCUCCCUCGUCACAGAACCCUGGGCUUGGCAGCGAGUGUGAGAAACUGGAGAGGUCUCAGGCGGACACGGCAAAGAGAGCGGGGAAGAUUAUGUCAGGCGUUCUCCGAGGGGCUUUCGGCGCAGGCGGCAGCGGUCGGAGCCUACUCCGGACCGGGAAGCAGCUCUUCCUCAUGCAAGGGGCCAACAUUUAUGGCAAGCCUCCCAAAGAAAAAAUCGGCGCUGUGGCUUCUGUAUUCUGUUUGUCAGUUUUUGCAUUGACCCUUCUGGGACCAGCGGGCUGGAUUCUUCAUCAUCUGCCAGAAUGCCGCAAAAAAGCUUAGGACAAACAAAAGAUUAGGACAAACAACAAGUCCUUGUGAUCAGCGCACGGAUGCAUUCGGAAACUGCAAUUCAUUUUCGAACCUUUAGCUAAAAAUAUCCCAUGUUGAAUGUGUAUAAUAAAAUUGCCCUGUUCUGUUUUUAGAUUUGCUUUUCUUUGUUCCUCUGUGAAAUAAAGUUCCAGUGCAGAGUUGUUGUUGU